AUGUUCAACCGAAAACUGAUGGAUUGCUCUGACGAUGAGUUUGUCCGUGGUUCUCAGUGUGAUGAAGAAGAUGACGAAGAGCAACAACAGCAAUCUUCGCAGAGACCUCCAUUCUACGAGAAUAUGCGCACAUUUGCUCCUUCUCAUAUGCAUAUAUCAUGCCAUUAUGAUAUACCGUAUCCACCACAUUUGAUUCAACCACCCGUCUGUGGAGUUAGUACUUUCACAUAUGCAAGAGAUUUCCCGGGGAACAGUAACUCACAACAAUUCUUUAAUCCUCCUCCUCAGCAACAGCAACAACCACAAUCAGGAAAUCCAGGAAAUGGUGAAGAAGAUUACUGUAUUCCGAAAGCUGAGGAUAGAAAUCACGCAUCUAAUUACAUUGCUACAAAAUCAGAUCGCCCAUUUGUAUUCUUCGCAUCUGAUUGUAAUUCUCCGCUGGAAAUUGUUGGUGAAGUAUACUGUACUGUUCCUGGACGUACAAGUCUUCUGAGUUCAACUACAAAGUAUCGGGUUACUGUAGCUGAAAUCCAGAGGAGAAUAAGUCCGCCGGAGUGUUUGAACGCUUCACUUCUUGGUGGAAUCUUAAGAAAGGCCAAGUCAAAAGACGGUGGGAAAACAUUGAGAGAUUCACUGAAGAAACUCGGAUUAACACUGCCAGCUGGUAGAAGAAAACAAGCAAAUGUUACUGCGUGGACAGCACUUGUUGAAGAAGAGGCAAUUCACAUGGCGAAAGACUUUGCUCUUGUCUGUGAAAAAGAGUUUCAUUCGAGAGAAAUCGGAAUCUAUCUGACAAAAACUUCAUUGACAAUUGAUCCAGAUGUCGUAAAGAGAAGAGCGGCACUGGAAAUGAGCAGAAAAGUGAUUGGAGAGCUUGCCGAGUUGCUCUCCUGUGAUCGAACUCCACUGACUCCGUACUUUCCGAGGAACAUGCUUCCAAUCGAUCCUUCCGUUCAACAACAUCUUUCUCAUUUCACAUUGAUGACACAUGGAUUUGGAAACGUGGCAAUGAAUGCUGUAUUGGAAUCAGUAAAACUGAUGAUUGAUGAGAGUAUCAAAUAUAUCGAUCGAUGCUGUUCUCAAAAUGUAUGGAGGUGA